AUGUUACUAUCACCUGAACAAUUUGCUAGAUUAACUGAAUAUGCAUCAUAUUCAAGUCAUAAGUUACCAGAUAUGCUUCAAUGGUUUACACCAAAUGGUAUGCUUCAUAAAUAUUUAUAUGAUGAUGGUCAGACAUUAGAUUUUGAUGGAUUUACACAUUUUCUUAAUGUAUAUUUUGGAGCAGAUUUACCAUCAGACUUGACACAACAACUUUUUCUUUCAUUUGCCUAUCCACCAGGUGUUCAACAAAAUAGAACAUCAUUUUUAUCUGUUGUACAGAAUGUCUUUCAUGUUGAAGAGGGAAAAGUAAAUGUUGAAAAACAAAAUGAUUCUGAUAAUGAUAAUAAAUUACAUAAAAUGAAAGAAGAAAGAAGACCAUCUUUACUUGAAAAAACAAUUCAUAAUGUUAAAAAUGUAUUAACAACUUCUUCCGCUACACAAUAUUUAUCUGAUAAUAGAUAUAAGGAUAAUAAUAAUAUCAAUAUAGAUAAUGCUUUAUCUAGACGUAUACCAUUGAAACCUUUAGUUUGUUAUCUUGCUUUACUAGAAGCUGCUCCACCAGAAGAAAAACUUCAAUUUGUUUUUCAUGUAUAUGAUUCUGAUGAUAAUGGAUACCUUGACAAUACUGAAAUUGAAUGUAUCAUUGAACAAAUGAUGAAUGUUGCUAGGUAUCAACAAUGGGAUACAAUUGAAUUAGAACCAAUUUUAAGAAAAAUGAUGCAAGAUAUUGACUAUGAUAAAAAUGGUAUUGUUUCAUUAGAAGAAUGGAUAAGAGGUGGCCUAACAACAAUACCAUUAUUAGUUUUAUUAGGAAUUGAUUUAGAAAUGAAAGAAGAUGGAAGUCAUAUUUGGAAAUUACGACAUUUUUCUAAACCAUCAUAUUGUCAUGUUUGUUGUAGUUUAUUAGUUGGAUGGGGUGGAAAACAAGGAUUAGCUUGUGCAUUAUGUAAAUAUACAGUACAUGAAAGAUGUGUUUUACAGGCAAAGAAUAAUUGUAUUCAUACAUAUACAGCAUACCCUAAACAAGAUAUGAAAAUGUCACAUCAUUGGAGUGAUUCUAAUAAUACUGGUAAAUGUAAUAAAUGUAAAUUAACAGUAGGAAUAUUUCAAGGAAAAAAAUGUAGAUGGUGUAAUGUUUUACUUCAUCAUAAUUGUAUUAAUGAAUGGAUAAAUGAAUGUGAUUUAGGACCACUUUCAUAUCAUGUAUUACCUCCUAUUAAUAUAAUACCAUCAUUUUUAGAUACAAAUAAAACAGAAUCAACACCAGGUGCAUUAUUACAAACAACAACACCUUCUGGUAAUAAACGACCAUUAUUAGUUCUUAUAAAUCCAAAAAGUGGUGGAAGACAAGGUGAAAGAAUUUUUAGAAAAUUUCAAUAUCUUUUAAAUCCAAGACAAGUAUAUAAUUUAGCAAAACAUUCACCUGAUGUUGGUCUUAAAUUAUUUAAAGGUAUAAAAAAUUGUAAUGUUUUAGUUGCUGGAGGUGAUGGAACUGUUGGAUGGGUACUUGAAGCAAUGGAUAAAAUGAAUUAUACAAAUGAAAAUAGACCACCAGUUGCUGUAUUACCACUUGGUACAGGUAAUGAUUUAGCUAGAUGUUUAAAAUGGGGUGGUGGUUAUGAAAAUGAAUCAUUAACAGAUAUAUUAUUUAAUAUUGAAAAAGCAUCACAUAUAUAUAUGGAUCGUUGGCAAAUAACAAUUGAACCAACAAAAAAAGGUGAAAAACAUGAUCCACAACCAUAUAAUAUAAUAAAUAAUUAUUUUUCAAUUGGUGUUGAUGCUAGUAUAGCACAUAGAUUUCAUAUGAUGCGAGAAAAAUAUCCAGAAAAAUUUAAUAGUAGAAUGAGAAAUAAAUUAUGGUAUUUUGAAUUAGGUACCACAGAAACAUUACAAAAUACAUAUAAAAAUUUAAAUGAACAAAUUGAUAUAUUAUGUGAUGGUGAUACAAUUGAUAUUGGUGAAGGUCCAAAUUUAGAAGGUCUUGCACUCCUUAAUAUUCCUUCUAUUUAUGGUGGAUCAAAUAUGUGGGGAACUGCUAAAAAAAAACUUUCACUCUGGAAAAAUACAUCACUUUUUUCACCAAUAAAUGGAAGUUCUAGUAAUCUUCAUAGUAAAGUUCAGGACAUUGGUGAUAAAUUAAUAGAAGUCGUAGGACUUGAAAGUAUUAUGCAAAUAAGUCAAAUUAAAGCAGGAGUUAAAACAGCAAGAAGGCUAGCUCAGUGUGGAACUGUUGUCAUACAAACUCAUAAAUCAUUUCCAAUGCAAAUUGAUGGAGAACCAUGGUUGCAAAAAGCUUGUAUUUUACAAAUUACACAUAAAAAUCAAGUACCAAUGCUUGUAGGAAAAUGUGGUAAAAAACACUUCAAUUUUAAACUAUUUCGAAGAAAAAGUGUUGACUCUAAUUGUUCUCAUUAA